AUGAACAUCCUUCCCGGCCACAAGGGUUGGGUCACCGCUAUUGCGACCUCGCAGGAGAACCCUGACAUUCUGCUCACCGCCUCGCGCGACAAGACUAUCAUUGUCUGGCAGCUCUCCCGCGACGAGACCAACUACGGCUACCCCAAGAAGAUCCUCCACGGCCACAACCACUUCGUCUCGGACGUUGUGAUCUCGUCGGACGGUCAGUUCGCCCUCUCGGCCUCGUGGGACAAGUCGCUCCGUCUCUGGGACCUGAACACUGGUCUCACCACCCGCCGCUUCGUCGGCCACACUGGUGAUGUCCUCAGCGUCAGCUUCAGCCCUGACAACCGUCAGAUUGUCUCGGGCUCGCGCGACCGGACCAUCAAGCUGUGGAACACUCUCGGUGACUGCAAGUUCAACAUCACCGAGGACGGCCACUCGGAGUGGGUUAGCUGCGUUCGCUUCAGCCCUAACCCCUCUAACCCCGUGAUUGUCUCGGCUGGUUGGGACAAGCUCGUCAAGGUUUGGGAGCUCAGCCGCUGCAAGCUGACCACCAACCACUACGGUCACCAGGGCUACAUCAACACCGUCACCAUCUCUCCCGACGGUUCGCUCUGCGCCUCGGGCGGCAAGGACGGCAUUGUCAUGCUCUGGGAGCUCUCGGACGGCAAGCACCUCUACUCGCUGGAGGCCGGUGACGUCGUCAACGCUCUCGUCUUCUCGCCCAACCGCUACUGGCUGUGCGCUGCCACUUCGUCGUGCAUCAAGAUCUUCGACCUUGAGAGCAAGUCGAUCGUCGACGAGCUCAAGCCCGAGUUCCCUGGCCUCGGCAAGAACGCGACUGAGCCCGAGUGCCUGUCGCUUGCCUGGUCGGCGGACGGCCAGACCCUCUUUGCUGGCUACAGCGACGAUAUCGUUCGCGUCUACUCGGUGAUCUAA